UUUCCAUUUGUAAUUCUAUUAACGCUUAACCUCGUUUAUUAAAUGAAUCUAAUUAGUAUUGGUUAAAAUAAGUAUCGCAAAAGAAAUUCUCUACAUACUCUAACAAAGGAUAUAGAUAAGAGUAUUUAGUUUGCAAAGGAAAUUAAAUAAGAUGAAAGCCAUACACCAUUUUUGAGUGUAAUUUGUAAGCACAUUUGCAACCUGCAAGCGAUGUAUAUGCUGAGAUUAUAAAUGUUACGAAUGUUGAUGUUUGUAAAUAUAAAGUUAAUAUUUUUUGUUAAAUAAAUUAAAAGACAUAACCUCUAAAACGAACAAGUUUAUUUAUUUAUUACCACUUGGAGUGUAUAUUGGAAGAUAUUGCAAAAAUGCAUGGUGUAAGAAGAUUGAUAAUUUUCUGCAUAUUGAUAAUUAUUGUGCCAAUCAUACUUAUAAUAAUUCCUCUUUAUCUGCGACAUAUUUUUUAUGCUGAUGUUGCAUAUGCUGUGAGAGAAUCUGAUAUUAUAGAAAUUAAUGAUGGGAUUUCAACAAUAUUUUGUUCGGAUCAUACUUUACAAAUGAAUGGCUCUUUCAAUGCUUUCCAAAUGGCUCACCGACCAGAAAUAACAUCGAAACGAAAACAUAUACGACUUAAAAAGAGUAUGAAUUUACCAGAUGACACAUUAGAAUAUUGGGGAUUUUAUUUAUUGAAAGGUGCAAGUGUAGCACUUUCUGUAUGUUCAAGAUUUGAAGGAGCUUCUAUAUUAGUAGUAAAAGGAGAGAAAAAUUUACGAACUUGUGGCUUGUUAGAACAUAAUGUUAAUAAGCAAAUACAAGGGAUUUUCCUACCAGGAGCAAACAAACAAGUUAAAAUAAUAUAUGAAUCAAAUGCACAAGAAAUUAAUUCUAAGGAAACAACUACAUUCCAACCUAUCGACAUGUACAAUUCUGAUGAGAUACAUAAAUUAGUCUUAAAUACAAGCUUUGAAAAUUCUAUGGAAAAAAAAACAACAAUUCAACCUAUCGAUAUAUUCAACUCUGAUGAGAUAUAUAAAUCAAGCUUAAAUGCCAGCUUUGAAAAUCCUAUUGAAAAAAUUAUUGAAAUAAAUCCAGAUAAUAAAACAUAUGCUAUGGAUGAAGAAUUGGUGAAAAAAUUAGAGAUGUUGUAUGACGCUGCAGCAUCUUACAUUCAUAAACAUACAAGUGAUCAACAUGAAGGUGCAAAUAGUACUAAAAAAGUAAGGCAUGUUAAGCAUCAUAAAGCAAGAAGAUAUAACAAUAAAAAUACAAAGAAAAAAAAGAGACAUUUCAACUAUUAUAAAAGAAAACGUCUACAAAAAUUGAAACAAAUGUUGUAUCCAUCUAUUACAGUUAACGAAAAGAAGAAACAGAAAACAAAGGAAAAAAAUGAGAAUACAAAAAGAUUUAAAAGAAGUAGAGAACUCAUAAAGCCAUCCUUAUUAGAUCAAGGUAUUAAGCACGGUGGAAAUGCUGAUAAAAAUUAUACAUCUAGUUCUGAUCAAACGUCGUCUAUCUCCAGUUUUGAAAGUGGUUUACUAAAUUGUUACAAUGGAACAAUACUGUUAGCUCAUGAAUUUCAGCCUUCAGAUCAAUGUACUAAUAUUUCUUAUUUGCUCAAUGGUAAACACAUACAAGCAAAUCAUCAUGUACAACAAGAUGGUUAUUAUUAUUACAUUUUUUAUAGUGAUAAUGAUAUUGUAUCUAAUGAUAUUUACGCCAUUUUUGAUAUAUAUAAACCAACAUUUCAAUAUGAAAAUGUGACUAAAUCAUGCAUUAAUCAGACCGAAUGCUCAUUUCGUUUAAAUUUGCUAUCAGCAGAUAGAGUAAUCAUUGAAAUACCAACUAAAGAUGGUAUAGAGCAAGAUGAUACGGAAGACGUUAGUAUGCUAAUUUCUAUCUGUAAACCACGAAUGGGUACAUAUAUGAUUUUCCCAAUUAUGCUAUUGAUCAUAAUUCUUGGUUGUGCUUUUAUAUAGAUAUGAAGAUUAAUUAACUAUUUAAAGAGGCAUCUAUUUUUAAGAUAUAUUUCUAUAGAAAGAAGUAGAAAUAGAAGUAGAAAGCUCUGUAAAAGUUUAAUUUCGCGAUCAUGAGAUAAAUUAUUUCCUAACUUAUGUACGAAUUUACAUAUGUGAAAUUAUGAUUUUAAGUUAAUAUAAAACGCGGAUGAGAGAGAAGAAAACUAUGCUAUAGAUGUGACAAAUAUUAUGACUUGAGGUGAAAGACAUAGAAAAAUAUAUUCUUUUAUUACUUUUUUUUCAAUAUGCUUUUAUUAUGAUUAUUUUGUUCAUUAUAGCUAUAAGUAUAAUGUAUAUCUAUAGAAUAGAAUUUUUGCGUAAUAUAUGUAGUACACUUUUGUAUAAUGUGUAAUGUGUUCCAAGAUAAAAAAAAUCCUUUUCUACAAA